GCGGGGCAAUCCCAACUCAAUCGCCUCUCCUUCUCCAUCACCACCAUCAUCUCUUUCUUGCUCAACGCUUAACGCGACUUGUCCUCGCUACAUCGGUCUCGCUCACUUCCGGUCGUAAAGCCACCGCUGAUCACGAAAAGUCCAUGCGCCUACUGCAAGUUCGUUCGGCCUAAACACACCGCAACUUUGUCUGUUUUUUCGCAGACACGAGUUCAUUCUUGCGGCAAUCUUACCUUCGGGCGCGACCGUGUUCAAGACAUAAGGUUACUCUGUGCCCGACCCAUCUCCAAGACCCGCGAUCAUGUCUCUCUCGUCUAAGUGGAAAGGAAAAGGCCGCGAAACGAAUCAUUUCGUCACUCGCGGGAUAGUUGAGGGGGAUGGAGGGUCAGAUGGUAUUGUUCUCAGCAUGGAUAUGGUCCCAACGAGCUAUUUUGGCGUCGCAUAUACUCUUCCAAUUCAGAUUGGUUCGUCACAACAAUCACUGUCCCUGCAAGUUGACACCGGUUCGUCAGACAUGUGGAUCGCGUCGAGUUCCUGUUCUUCAAGUUCAUGUAAGCAAACGAGCGGGAACCUAUACAACCCCAGCUCCUCGACCAACACAAAUAAGUCGUUCAGCAUCAACUAUCUCUCUGGCGAAGCGAGUGGACCCAUCGUUUGGGACAAGGUUUCGCUCGGUGGCUAUGAAAUUCUGACUCAGGCCCUUGCCGCCGUCAACAAUGUUAACAACGAACCUCUCGCCUCAAAUUUCGACGGAAUCCUCGGGAUGGCGCUCCCCCUAAACUCGAUCAUCGCACAAGACCUCCCUCCGACGGAAUCAAAUCAGCCCGACGGCGCCUCUUUCGCCGCCAAUCUGUUGUCUAUGACCCCUGUCUCCUCUGCCCCCUCUCAACCGUUCUUCUCCCUCUCCCUCGCUCGUCCUGGUUCGGACAACAUACAAUCGCUUUUCAGCAUCGGUCGACAUCCUUCGUCGAUUAUCUCCAGCCCCUCAGAGCUCCAGUGGUCGAACCUUAUCUCCGAGAAUGUGGGCAUUCUGCAUUGGAAGACGAUGGUCGCCGCCAUCACGGUGUACGUCAACGGGCAGGAGAUGCCAAUUGCGCUUGGCACCUCGGUGACGGGAGUGGGCUAUCCCACGGCGCUGUUGGACUCGGGCGUACCGCUCAUAAUGACGACUAGCGCGAUUGCCAAUGGGAUUUACGGGGCUCUGGGGAUCAACCCGUCGAACGACAACACAUAUUAUGUUCCUUGUGCCACUCCACUUAACAUGACUAUUACCCUCGAUGGACAACCCGCAUUUCCUCUUCACCCUCUCGACCUUACGAAUGAGCCUCAGGGGCAAAGCAACGCCCAAAAUUGCAUUGGACUUAUCCAAGCCAAUGACGAGCUCCUUACUGCUUCCUCUAGUGUUGGCGACAUGGUUCUCGGCGUCCCUUUUUUACGCAGCGUCUAUACGGUUAUGGCAUACGAACACCCAAAGUCGGACGGAACUUUUAACACGUCCGUCUCGACUGGGAUCAAUCCUAUACUGGGGAUGAAGGGGUUGACCAACUCGACUCAGGCCAUGCAAGAGUUCUAUAACGUUCGCGUACUCAACCAGCCUUUGAGCGGUGGUGGUGGCUCACCGCAGUCGAGCUCGGGAGGAGGCAAGAAGUUCUCGACGGGCCUCGCCGUCCUUGUCGGCCUCUUGUCGUUCUUCGGUCUCUGCCUGGCUCUCUUUGGCGCCCGUUUCCUCAUGAUGCGUCGCAAGAUGCGCCAGCAGGCUGCCCUCGCUGCCUUGGGUACGAAGGGCGACCCAGACGGCGACGCCAACGGGGGUUUCACCGGCUACCAGCUCGCGCGCCGCCAUUCGCAUUCACCGUCGCGCUCCAGCUACGACGCCAACGACUCCACGCUCCGCCCAUCCACGUACAAUUCCGACAAGGGCAGCAAGUUCGCGGCCGGCGAGUUCGGCUUCCGCAACAGCAAGCACAGCGGCGGCGACGGGAGCAACACCUCUCUGCCCACACUCAGCCCCAAUGACCCGUGGCGCGGGAGCGUGCACGUGCGCGACUCCAUCUUCGGGUGGCAGGAAGCCGAUGACGAUGAUCGGGACGCGACGCUUGUGCAACAUAGUAGCGCCUCCAGGAACUACCAUCAGCACCAGCGGACGCUGAGCCCGCUCGGCUCUGCGCCCCUUUCGCCCCCGCUCAACUUUGGGAGGCACUCGUCGACGCUACCGCCGAUGCCGAUGCCGCUUUCGCCGACAACACCACGGCGUCCGUCCCAUGCGCGUACGGUGAGCGAGCUUAGUAGCGGCACGCCUCCUGGUACGGCUGCGCCCCUCCUUGGGCGCGGACAUUCUCGGGGCAUAUCGGCAGCGCCGGCGGGCGAACAUGGGGAACGGGAGCGGUCAAGCAUGGCCGGCGUUGGAACCGCAUCGCGAAGCAGCCGGAUUGACCCCGACCUGGACCGACAUCGACGGAAUAACAGCUCGUUAUCAGGAGUUGACGAAAGCUAGGCAAAUUUACAGCCCAUCUCGCUCUCUAGUCUCGAUCUGGGUCACCCCUAGCGCACAUCAGCAUCGCACAGUACCUGGUCUCCUGCGCUAACUCGACCUUGGGUCAUUAUUAUCUCUACUUUAUCUACUCUCUGUUCUUUACGACGGUCCUUUAUCCUCGGUUGAUUAUACCUCGGACACGACACAUACC